GGCUGCAUUAUUUUGGCGUGGUUUGGGUUCCCCCUCGCCCUUCACUCUCGCGCAGCUCCUCCCUGCCCCGGCAGCGCGCCUCCCCUGCCCGGGGCGGCAUGGCGGGAGACGGGAGCGGCGCCGGGACCUACACAACAGACGAGGCGUUGUCGCGGCUCGGCUUCGGCCGGUUCCAGGCGCUCCUGCUCGGGUUCCUGGGCACCGGCUGGGUCGCGGAGGCCAUGGAGGUCAUGCUGCUGUCCUUCGUGGGGCCGUCCGUGAAGGAGGAGUGGGGUGUCUCCGGCGGGGCAGAGGGCCUCAUCACCAGCGUCGCCUUCGCCGGCAUGCUCCUCGGGGCGUGCGUCGGUGGCCUCGUCUCCGACAGAUACGGCAGACGGGCUGGUUUUCUAUUCACUGCAAUCGUCAGUGGUGUACCUGGUUUUCUCUGCGCGUUCUCACCUAACUAUGCCACCUUGCUGGCUUUGCGCUUCGUCGUUGGCCUUGGUCUGGGUGGCAGCCACGUGCUCCCUACUUGGUUCCUGGAGUUCGUCCCGGCUGAAAACAGAGGUUCCUGGAUAGCUGCUUUUACUUGCUUCUGGACCCUUGGAACAAUAUUAGAGGCUCUACUUGCUUGGGCUAUCAUGCCAAUACUUGGAUGGCGAUGGUUACUUGCAUUUUCCUCCAUGCCAUGUUUCAUCCUGCUUUUUUUCUCUAGUGUGAUACCUGAAUCACCAAGAUACCUUUGCUCAAGAGGUAAAAUAAGUGAAGCUAUGCUUGUCCUGGAGAGAAUGGCAAGAAUGAAUAACAGUGCUCUCCCUCCUGGCACUAUAACCUCUGGACCAAAAAGGAUCGAGGACAACUAUGAUUCGUCUGUUACGACACCUCUACUUAUGACAGAAGACAAUCUCGGACAUGAUGAGGACACAAGCACCAAAUCCAGUUACAAAAAUGCAUUUCGAGCUUUUUGGUCACGUGAUCUAAUUGGGUCAACUCUUCUUCUUUGGCUUGUCCAUUUUGCAAGUUAUUUUGCCUAUUAUGGACUGGUAUAUCUAAUCUCUGAACUAAGCAGUGGUAGGAGUCAACCUAACGAUUCCACUGUUUACAUAAAUGUGUUGGUGACCAGUUUUGCAGAGUUUCCUGGUCUUCUUUUGGCAGCGCUACUGAUUGACAGGAUCGGUCGGAGAGUGACACUGGGAGGCAUGAUUCUGUUGUGUUGUGCCUUUAUUGCACCGCUUUCUAUACAGUUGAGAGAAGGUUUAUCAAUCAUCCUUCUCUUCUGUGCACGCACUUGUGUUAUGGGGGACUUUGCUGUUCUACAUGUUUAUUCCCCUGAGAUCUACCCUACAUCUUGUCGCAACACCGGGGUUGGGUUUGCUAAUUUCAUUGGCCGAAUUGGAAGCAUCGUUGCUCCUCUCACGAUAACUGCAUUGCUAGAGAACCACCGCCAGAAAGAAGCCGUGCUUGUGAUGGAUCUGGCACUCUUUCUUGCAGGAGUGGCGUGUACUCUGUUUCCUCUUGAGACCAAGGGCCGUGAAAUUCAUUGAUAUUCCAGAAUCAGAUGUAUAUAUCAUCUCAUUGGCAUCGUUGUUACAUUUCUUAUACCAUCAACUUUGUCAGGCCUGUAUAGCCCCAGCUUUGACAACGGAGCUGCUGCCCGUAUAGAUAACUGUGGAUAGAAAUAGGCAAAUCAAAGUUCUUCCUUUUAUUUGCUCCUUUAUAUCACCUGCCUCAAGUCCCAAAUUCGUAUUGGAAUAUGUGAAUACGUGUUCUCAAGUUGUACUUUCAUAUGUAGGCUACUUAUAUCUGAACAUAUUGUUGUAGCUGUAUAUAAUUCGUGUACAGCUUACACUAAGUCUAUUUUGUAAUCGUCAAAAUUGAUGUUUUCUGUGGAUC